UAUAAAUCUUUGCCCAAGGGUAGAAGUGUCGUAAACUCAUCGGCCCUUCGUCCGCCAUGCAUCUACCAUUUAACAGAACAAUGGCUUUGGCAUUAAUUGGGCAGUCACCAUUCAUUAUUAGUCAUUAUGAUCAUUAUCGUUAUUAUUUUAUCAUUUUGUUUGGCGUCACAUGUGCCUGGGAGGCGACCCCGACUGAAAAGCGAAGUGAAUCACACUUGACGGAACAAAACUGAUUGGGGAGUGAAGGUGGACUACUACACCAGUGUUUCCUCCUAUACUGAUGUACGAAUAGUGCAGUGGGUUCCCGAGUGGGUGCAACGGUGGUUACUCUCCUCUUCACGGGGCCUCCACUUCCUCAACGAGGGACGGACUUUUUUCCACUGUAGUAUUGCAUGCAUAUGUGGAACAAAAGCUCGAGGGAUACGUUAACGGUACAAUUUUAAAGGACACGUCGAAGAAAAGAAAGAAAAUGAUAAUAGGCCUAACGAGCUGGCGGUAAUAGUCAAAUAUGACUGGUCGCCAUUAAUAUCCAACAAAUAACAACAUAACACACAAUGCGGCAGGCUUCAAUCACCCCCGGGGGUGGACUCGCGAUUCCGUCUCUCAUUGCCCGGUCUGUAACCAUGCAUACAUUUGACAUGUUAUCAUGAGGCCUCGCCUGCAAACAUUUUAAAUGAAAAAUUUUAAUUAGAGCAUUUCCAGGAUGUCUAUACUUACGCUACCCGUUUGAUUGAUUGGAUUGUGAUCGUGAAACUCAUUGCUGACACAAUAUUCUUCCGUUUAAUAUUGUCAUCUACAUCUUUUCCUGUAUGGUGCUCAGGUUGUUUACUGUGUUGUAUUUGAGGUAAAAUAAACUGGAACUCUGAUCAUGAUGGGUAAAAAGACACCUGAAACAUUGAUAUUCAUUGUGUUAAUGGUUUACAGCAUUAUUCAAUUAAUGGUGUACAAUGGCAAACUGCAGAUUCACCUCGUCGCAGAAAGAUACCAUGUCCCAGGAAGAUUGAAUCUGACAGGGGGUCCGAUGCGGAACAUAACAGAACCAGUACUUCUGGAGCAACCGACAACUUCCGUCCCAUUGCUCGGCUGGCGGAAAACUGUAAGUUGGAAACCAGGAUCGAAGCUAGAUAUAUAUGACUAUCUGAUCAAUCCUGUGGACAAGUGCAAGGCUGGGAAGGAUAAUAUCACUUUACUUGUCUUAAUCAAAUCCGCACCGGGCAACGGACACCUAAGAGAUGCUGCAAGGCAAACACACAUAAGAGGAGCGGCAGAAGAGAAGUUAUCAGCCAGAAUGGUGUUCAUCAUAGGCGAAUCUGAAGCACAGGGCGUGACGGAGAAUAUUCAUAAGGAGUCUGAAACACAUGGGGAUAUCCUAAGAGUAGGCUUCCAUGAUAAUUACUACAACCUUACCAUCAAACUUAUUAUGGGGUUUAAAUGGGUGCUCGAAUUUUGCAGCAACACUGAGUUCUUGUUGACAACGGAUGACGAUGUCAUAGUUGAUGUCCCGACCCUGGUCAAAGACCUCGACGCUCUACCGCCAAAGGAUCGCUCUCGGUUCGUUCUUGGAAAAAGGGCAGAUGGUUAUAAACCAUGGCGCAACUACACUGGUGUUUGGGAUAAAUGGUAUGUACCGAAGGAAUUUUACUCAAACGAGACAUAUCCUACGUUUCCAUUGGGACAUGGGUAUGUUUUGUCGCAUGAUGUUGUUGAGAAACUUGUUCAAGUUUCCAGAGAAACCCCGACAAGGAUACCAUUUGACGACGUUUAUUGUGGUAUACUGUUGGAUAAGUUGGCCAUCGGAAUUCUUCACCGACCGCAGUGGUUUCGACGGCACCAUCCAAAAAGUCGAGAGAGGGAUUACUUAAGGAUUGAAGUGCCAGCGAAAGAAAUGAAAAAUGCUUGGAAUAGUUUUAGAAUUAACCACAGACAGUGAACAUGUUUUGCAAUUUAUACUGAACAGAAUUAAAGAAUCUAUUCAAUUUGAUAUUAAAUGGUAUUUAUUCAACAAGUGCAUACAUAAUGAUAAUUGCAAAAUAGAGUUCUGAAGAUCGGCCUGUUUUCAAUCGUAUUUCAAAUAUUAAUUGCAAUUAUGUCAGUGAAAAGUAAGGGGAAAGUAAAAGAAAAGACGUGAAUUAAAAUGAUCACAUUUAAAUGAUGUUACUGACAGUCUCGCCUGCAUUAAUCUUUAUAGAAACAGUGCUGAAAAAUAUGAAGUAUUAUUUUUCAUAAAGGUAGAAGAAGUAACAUGUUUGUUGACCUCAAAUGGUCUUUGUUCUUGACUGAAAAACUUAUUAUUGAUGUCAUAUUGUGAUGUCAAAUAACUUUACCUUAUUUAAUAUAAAGUGUCAUUUAAUUUGAUUGUAUUUUUUGUCAAAUAAUGAAGAAAAUGUCAAAGCUUAUCAAAGUUAGUUGAUCUACAUAACCUUUGACGUUGACCUAGCAGUAGCCUUAAAUCAUACUCAUAUAAUCUCUUAAAUGUGUAAAUCAUUAUAUAGAUCUUAUCUAAAUUCUUUUAAUCUUAAAAUCAGUUUACUGACCCCAAGUCUCCUUUGACAUACGCAUAUUGACCUGAAAUGUAAUUUUUCCAUUUUUAAUGUUGUAUACCUGAGAUUCAUUGUUCUGUACGUUUAUGCAAUAUGGACGCAUAAUUUUGAUAUCAUGAUUAAAAAUAAUGACCUUGGUAAGUUUGAAGGUUGAUAAUAGAGCAUUAUCAAAGUUCAUUGGCCCUAAAUGAACCUCUGCAAGAUGAUCGGUGAUAUACGUACUUGAUCAUAUUUAUGUCCAAGUUUCACGAAAUGGGUCCAUAUAUUUUCCAAGUUAUGAUGACAUUUCUAACAAAAAAAAAUCUAAAACUUGGUUAAGAUUUAAUUCAAUGUUGACGAUUACGCCGGAAAGGUGGAGCCAUUGUCUCGCUUCUGCUAUGUAGGCGAAAUAAAAAUAAUUAAAAUUAUAAAAAUUGACUUUUAAUAUUAUGAGUUCGAAAAGCCUAGUGGAAGUUAUUUUCAAAAGUGAAUCUAUCAAAUUUUAUAUGUUAACAGAAUACAUGAAUUUACAUAAAAUAAGAAAGAAAAGUAAAGUGAAAGAAACUGUUAUAUUUUUGCAAGAGUUAUUCAUUGCAUUGUUUUCAAUCACUUUGUUUUGCACCAAACCUUUUCAUAUUUCCAGUUUUUUUCCUGAAUGUGUGUAUGCCUAUUUAUUUUCAAUAAUUGAUAAUUAUGGUCUUUUCAUUAAUAGGCCUACAUUAAAUAUUAAUUGCAACCAAAGAUUGAAUUGAAAAUGCUUGUACGGCAUGGCCGUAAGCAGAUUUCUUUUCGGGGGGGGGGGACAAGACGCAUAAAAGUCGAAGAAACUAAAAAGUGAGGCAGCGAAGGGGUGGUUUUGCCUGUUCUAAAGUAAAAUUUAAGGUUUUAGUGCAUAUUUUUGUGAAUUUUGUGAAAAUGUUAGGUAGAAAUGGGCUUCUGGGGGCCUAGACAACUGCCCCCCCCCCCCCCAAUCUGCGUACUGGCAUGCUCUGCAAGGUAAAAUUUUCAUACAUGAAAUUAAUAAAACUGUAUAAUGGUUAACAUGAUCUAUUAAAACAAGUAAGAAUACGAACCAUUUUGAGAUCCCUUAAACCUUGCAAAUUUAAUCAGGGAAAACAAAACAGAUUUGAAAUGCUCGAGUAGCAAAAAGGGCAUUAUGUUUAUCAGGGGACGUUAUCAAUUGAACAAAAUAUGGCUGUUAAUGGAAACGGACAUAACAAAAAAGGUAACCAUGGACACGGGUAUACUGUGGAUAGUAAUAGCAGACACUUUGCAUAUAGUUGAUCGAGCACAGGAUGAUGAGAGUGACUUCACCCGCAUAGCACUGAUUAAAAGCUUCACCAUCAUAGCGGCGUUGAGCUACCAUAGUACAUGUACUUGAACAGAGAUAGAGAAUAUAUUCGUAACACAAGUAAAAGUUUAAUGUCAUCCUAUAAAGGAAAUCCUGCAAUACGCAGCUGUUUUCAUUUAUGUCUGCAAAAAUAAUUAAUUUUGACAGCAUUUUCCCCAUUUUCCUCUGAAGGUUUCCUCCACAAGACAUUUUUUUUAAGUUACAUGAUCAUUCCCAUUUAUUUCACUACUAUUGUUUUAUUUCUAUGUAAUUUAAAUUGUAUCUUUUCCAUAAUGAUGUUGAGAUGUAAAUGUGUAUUUACUUUGCUGUUUUUGUCGAAAUAAAUGAAAUGAAAUGAAAUGCAAUAUGUAGGGGAAGGCGGGGUAAGUUGAGCAUAGGGGCAAGUUGAGCCACCACCCCCAGGCCAAUAAUGAAUGAGUCAGACAUUAUGGUGGUGUCAUGUAUUGAUGACCCAUUACAUAACCCUUCACCCACCACAUUGUUUUCAACUUUGAAACAAAAAGUACUUUUUUAGAGGGAAAAAUACAAAUUUCAGCCCAAAAAGUAAAAAAGGGUGUGAAAUAGAUAAGUGUUUUUUACACACACACGUCUUUCCAUAUAAAAAGACACUGAUAAGAACAACAUUGUCAGUCCAGGUAUGGAUCUUCAUCCUUGUCACAAUCUUUUACAUGGUGGAUGCAGAAGAAAUGUGUGGAUGCGAAAUUAUUGCAUUAAGUUCGGACUGGGGUAAGUUGAGCCAGCCAACAUGGGGUAAGUUGAGCCAUGGUAAUUCUUAUGGUAAUGUAAAUAAAAAAACAAUCAAACCUUAAAAAGCCAUCCAUAUGCAGGCAGAAAAGAGCAAAUUCACAUGACAGUUCUUUUACUUAUAUAGAGAAUGUUAGUAUUUAUAGAGAAUUAGCAAGUGAAAAGACUUUAAAUAAAAAAUUGACAUGCUGGUUGUUCCCACAUACAUUUUGUACAUAGUUUUUGUGGCUCAACUUACCCUAGAAGGUGGCACAACUUACCCCACAGAUGGGGCAAGUUGUGCCACUUGACAUCGUUUUUUUCAAAGGUCACAACGACUUUCAGUGUGGGGGUAGAACGUUGUAUAUAGGUGAAAAAGAUUUCUCAAGAAUCAUAUCUAAAGGCAAGGUACUUAUUUCUACAAUAUUAUUAAUCAUAUCAAUUCUAUCAUGCAAAAUGCAAAAAGUGUCACAACUUACCCCGCCUUCCCCUACUGUAGCUGAAGUCUUAAUUCUAGACCUGUUAUUGGUUGAAGUGUCAAAUAUCAGUCCGUAUUUGCAGACUGGUAUAUUGCACUUAUCCUUGAUUCAUGAGAUAUCUCUGAUCGGGGCCUGAACUGGAUACUGAAAAAGAGUGAGACGACGCUCAAGAAUAUUUGUAUAGGUCUAAUCUAUACAUCUUCAUAUUGGAAAUUCAAUACAAUUAUGUUUAAAGUUCAUACCCUUUCGAAAUUUUCUUUAUCGGUGAACUGACGUAGAGAAGUUACAGACCAAUGGUGGGUCAAGAUAAACAAUGAUGAAUUUGAGAUAAAAAGAUACAA